GGAGGGAGGAGCCUGGCUUGGGCUGGGCGCGAGGCCGGCAGGGCUCUGGGUGUGGGUCGGGGCCGUGAGGCUAGGAGAGAGGGGCGUCGGGAAGGCAGGGCUCCUUAUGGAAGCCAGUGGUGUAGGAAGGCCCUGGGGAUAUAACGGGAUCGGGUGGUUCAGAGGACCAAGGUGCUAGAGCGCCCCAGGCGCGGGACCAUGCAUCGUAUAGCCGGGGAGGUGAAGAGAGACAAGAGAUGCCAGCUGCAUCUCGAGAGGAGGGACCAAGGUUAGGGAGAGCUGGUGUGGGAACGGGAAACCAGAAGGUCCGGUGUCUGGCUGCAAAUGGGAGGAGGCUCCAUGGUGGUGGCGGCGGUGGAGAGAGAAAGAAGAUGUCAGGAUACUUUCCGGGGGAGGGGAGAGGGCUGGGGAUGGUGGUGAAUGAAGAAUUGCAACAAGAUGGGGGCGCAUAUAUGAGGAAGGCAGUUGAGGAUGAAGUGGAGACGAUGUCGGAAGAGAAUGGCGAGACGUCUAAGUGCGGAGUGUGGGGAUAACAUAAAAGAGCCCUGAGUGGAAAGUGGGGAAUUGGGUUAGUGGGACUCUGGGCAAGUAUGUAGGGAGGGAACUUGAGGCCACGACAACUGUGGAGAUUUGGGAGGCCCUGAAGGGCAUCGAGUGGGGUGGAGAUCCCCCACCCCCAGGGUGUUGUGGGACCUGAGGGAGAGGAUUAAGCCAGAGCUUGAGUAGAGAGCUCUGGGAAAGAGGGAAGGGUAGAUGGGAGAAAAAUCCCGGAGGCCGCCAGGGCCUGGAAUGUGAGGUUAGAGAGGACCUAAGCUAAAAGGAGAGAAUGGACUUGGAGACGGAUUGCGGUGGGUGGGGAUGGGCGGAGGGAAUCCGGAGGAUGUCCGAGGUUCUGACCUGAGUCGGGUGGAGCUGGGUGUUGCCCAGCCCUGGUGGAGGAGUCCCAGAGAGGAGGACUGGAGUCAGUUUUCACUUUGUAGGGAGCUGCCGCUCCAGAUGCUGCUGCUGCCGCCGCGGCCACCCCACCCUCGGUCCUCCUCCCCGGAGGUCAUGGACCCACCGCCCCCCAAGACUCCCCCUUUUCCCAAGGCGGAAGGCCCCUCCUCCACUUCUUCCUCGGUGGCGGGGCCGCGACAACCGCGGCUGGGCCGCCACCUGCUCAUCGACGCCAACGGGGUCCCCUACACGUACACGGUGCAGCUGGAGGAGGAACCUCGGGGCCCGCCGCAGCGCGAGGCGACCCCGGGAGAGCCGGGUCCUCGCAAGGGCUACAGCUGCCCAGAGUGCGCUCGUGUCUUUGCCAGCCCUCUACGGCUGCAGAGCCACCGCGUGUCGCACUCGGACCUCAAGCCCUUUACAUGCGGUGCUUGCGGCAAAGCCUUCAAGCGCUCCAGCCACCUGUCGCGGCACCGCGCCACCCACCGCGCGCGCGCUGGCCCACCGCACACCUGCCCGCUCUGUCCACGCCGCUUCCAGGACGCCUCCGAGCUGGCGCAGCACGUGCGCCUGCACUGAGCUCCGCGCCCUGCCCUCUCUGGGCCACCACGUCUGACCCACACAGCGUCACACCCAUACAUUCCCAGUUCUGCUGAGGUUACUGCCUUACCCUAGGCCUCAGUUUCCCCACCUGUCCCCCAAAGAGAAACAUCAUUUUGUCUUUUCUCCCGUCUAGCUGUGUGAUGUAGACCAAAGUUGUUGCCCUUCUGGGCCUGGGUGCCAGUUGGAACUGGGCUUCAGUCUGGCUGUGCUGUGUACGCCUUUGCAAGUGAUGCGACCUCUCCCGAGUCUUGGUUUUCUACUCUUCCCAAGAGGUGAGGUCCUCGUGGAAGACAUGGCAAAAGCACCAGCACGGUCUGGAUCAUCUCUGUACUUCCCUCUAAUGCCCACGACCCCUCAUUCUCUGCCCAAUAAACAUUCCGCACUUCA